UAUUAUAUAGUUUUUAAAUAUUGUCAAAAAUACAAGAGUUAAUAAUAUAUAAAGUUGAAUAAAGUAGGAAUGAAUAUUACUACAAUUUAUAAAUUAUUAUUUUUUAAGACUUGUAAACUGUAGUAAUGUAGAAGCAAGGAAGCAUUGAAGCUUCCUCCUCAUUCCCACAAAUACAAUCACAACCAACAAUUUUCUCUUACUUAACUCUCUCUUAAGCUAAGCCGACAUGUAAAAUUAAUCUCUGUAAUCUAUAUAAUCUCUCUAUAUAUAAAGUUAUUCAUCAAAACAUGUAAAUUAAACCCUGGGUUAUCUUUUAAUUCUUUCUAAUUCCAUCUUGUAAAUUUGCAUCUGGGUUUUAUCAAAUCAUCUGAAUUUGUAAAUCAAAUCUGCUAUGAAGUUGCAUGUUGGAUUGAAUCACCAAUUGAUUUCAUAAAACAAUAAAGAAUAUCGGGAGAUCAUCAUAGAAAAAAGCUUGAUUCUUUAUACUACCAUUUCCGAUGGAAGCUCGUUCAGAUUUAGAAGCCCCUCAUGUUCUCAGUUGGUUGAUGGGUGUUGCUUGCCAGCAGUUUAAUUUCUGCCUUGUCUUAUGGAGUUGCUUCGAUGGCCAUGGUCUUUAUCAACAAGGCAAUCCUCAUGGAAUACUCGUACUCCAUGACACUUCUCAUCGUCCAGCAAAUAGCGACUGCUGUGCUUAUUCACGUUGGUCGGGUGAUGGGAUACACAAAGGCCAAGGCUUUGAGCAUGGAUACUGCUAAGAAGCUUAUUUGGGUGUCACUUUUCUAUAAUGCCAAUGUAGCCUUUGCUUUAGCAAGCUUGAAAGGAGUUAACAUUCCCAUGUACAUUGCUAUCAAAAGACUUACACCACUUGCUGUACUGGUUGCUGGACUCUUUUCAGGAAAGAAACAACCUUCGAGACAGGUCAGUCUUUCAGUGAUCCUAACAGCUACUGGGGUUAUUAUCGCAGCACUUGGAGAUUUUUCCUUCGACAUUUUCGGUUACAGCUUGGCACUGACUUCUGUCUUUUUUCAGACCAUGUACCUAGUGUUAGUUGAGAAGUCUGGUGCAGAGGAUGGGUUUUCGUCCGUGGAGAUAAUGUUCUAUAAUAGUUUUUUAUCUCUUCCCUUUCUUCUAUUGAUCGUUGUUGCAACAAGAGAAAUUCCUGAUUCGCUAUCGCUGUUAUUUGCCAAGAGUUCUUCACUAUCAUUUUUAGUGAUCUUCGCUGCAUCUCUAAUCAUGGGCAUUGCUCUCAACUUCACCAUGUUCUUGUGUACGAUCGUCAAUUCAGCUCUAACGACGACUAUUGUUGGAGUUCUGAAAGGUGUUGGCUCCACGACACUGGGAUUCGUGUUGCUCGGAGGAGUAGAAGUACACGCUUUGAAUGUGAGUGGAUUAGUGAUCAACACAGCAGGAGGUGUGUGGUAUUCUUAUGCAAAAUACCAGGAGAAGAAAAGGAAGCUACCUAAGACGCCUCUUCAUGAUGUGAAAAUAACAGUUUUUGGCUCAUAAAUUUCUUUUUCAUUACUCCGAUCAUAUGUCUUUGCCCUUUGUGCGUAAGCAAGUGAUGGCAUCCAUUAAUCUUAAAUUUAUUAUUUUAUACUUGUUUCAUACAAAGCUCAAAGCUGCGGUAAUCCUACAUUCAUUCUUUUGAAGAUUAAAAUGGAAUUCCAUUAAGCAGUAACCCAUCCACUCAAAUAUGAACUGUAACAAAACACUUUUCAUGUUCAGAGCAUCUACAUCAACACCAAAGUCUCCUGUUACAAUCUUCUUUUUUUAUUUGUAAAAUCAAUUUUAUUGAUGCAUUUAUUACAAUUUUGGAUCCUAAUAUGUUCAUUUAUGUAGCGAUGAUGAACAUUUUAGCAAACUGCUUGAUUUUUUGAAGGUUUAGAAAGGGAUGAGGCGUUUGAUUAGAUUAGGGUAGGGACACAAUGUGUAGUGAGACCAGGAAGGUUGUUUAUAAUAAAACUAACUUAAGAAAAGAAUAACAUAUUAAGUGAUUUCCCACGCCUCCCAUUAUAACAUAACCAUUCAAUACAAUUCUUUACUAUAACAAUUUAGCAUAUAUUUUUCUAAUAAUUAAACUACCUUCUUGUUAAUAUUUGAAAUGUGAGAGAUAUACACACACAAAGAAGGAAACAAAAACUCUCAUAUAUUGAUCAUGAAGCUAAUGACACUCACUAACUAACUAAGUAACUGCAAUAAAGGAUUAACUUGUGGUUAACCAUUACAAUCUUGAGUGCCAACACCCCCGCAGGCUACAACCCCAAGCUUGAACAAGAAUAUGAUCUACAUUCUACAAUCAUUGAAGCAAAUCUGUGUCUGAAUCCGAGGUUUUCUUGCUAGAGUCGCAUACAUUUGGCAGUGACACCAUCCAAAUACUUCGUAUGGACCUCACUACUAUAAAGCUACAAUCAAAUAGAAACUCAUAACUUGAAAAUCCAAAUAGACUCUUUAUAUGAAAUCAAUGAGCAAAUCCUUAACACCCUUUCUUAGAUUGAUAUCAGAUUAACUUGGAUGAAUAGAGCAGUAUCAUCAAACCCAAAACAAUCAAAACCCAUCAAAGAAAAAACAAAACAAAACGAAUUCAAUAGCACCAAAUGAUCUCAAUCAACUGAAAUCAACAGUAACCAUCAAAUGGAAACCCUAAGAAUCUCUUUAAAUUUCUGGAUACGAGAAUCAUCAAAGAUCCGGUAGCACCCACUGAGCCAAGUCACAAGGACGUCGUACUCGAAACUCACAAAUUUACGACGCAAUGGCGCGCCCAAUUCAUCUCUGACAUAGCCAUGACACCAAACCAUUUCCAAGAAGAGAGAAAUACUUACUAAUCACUAUCUACUGGCACUGAGAAUCAUGUGAUUAGGAACCUGACCACCUGUGUGGAUGAUCUUCACCCUACAUAGGUCAGACAAAGACCUAACAAAAUCACUCA